ACCCCAAACUCAGCCUCAGCCACAGCCACAGCAGCCACAGCCACAGCCCCAGGAACUACAGCCACCGGGAGUCAUGGUGCCCCAAAAUUUUGUUCCUCCUUCCCAGCCUCAAUUUACCCCUCCAUCUCUACUGGACUACCAAAACCAGGGCAGUUUCACAGCAGGGGUUCCUCCAGGUAAUGUCCAGCAGCCCCUGUCCAACCAGCCCCUGUCUCCUCAAGGGGCAGUGCCGGUCACCAUCCAAACCCAAGUUCAGAAUAUCUGCCCACAGCCGUUGCUGACGACACCUACCCAGGUUGUCUCCUCCCAGAUCCAGCAGGUCCCAGUCCUACUCCAGCCUCACUUCAUCAAGGCUGAUUCACUGGUCCUGACAGCUGUGAAGACUGAUGUGGGCACAGGAGCGAAGACGUCAGGGAUCAACUCACUGGCCACCACCACAGCAGUGCAGUCUGCUCCCCUGCAGACCCUGGUGAGUGGAGGCACCAUUUUAGCCACUGUGCCCCUGGUGGUAGAUGCUGACAAGUUGCCCAUCAAUCGUCUCGCUGCUGCGGGAAAGACCCCCAACUCCCAGAGCAAGGGGGAGAAGAGAACCGCUCACAAUGCUAUUGAGAAGCGUUAUCGAUCCUCUAUCAAUGACAAGAUUGUGGAGCUCAAAGACCUGGUAGUGGGCACUGAGGCCAAGCUAAACAAAUCAGCCAUCCUGAGGAAGGCUAUUGACUACAUCCGGUUCCUGCAGCAGACUAAUCAGAAGCUAAAGCAAGAGAAUUUGACUCUCAGGAUGGCCAUGCAGAAGAACAAGUCCCUGAAAGACCUGGUGUCAUCACGAAGUAGUGGGAGCAUGGACGUACCGAUGGAGAUUAUCAAGCCGGAGAUGGUGGAUGCCCUGACCCCACCGCCCUCUGAUGCAGGCUCCCCCUCCCACAGCAGCCCCCUGUCCCUGGGGAGUGGUGGCAGUGGCAACAGCAGUGAUUCAGAGCCCGAUAGUCCUCUCUUCGAAGACUCCAAGGUGAAGCAGGAACAUCUCCCCUCUCCCAACAGUCUGGGUAUGCUGGACCGAUCACGGUUGGCCCUGUGUGCCUUUGUCUUCCUCUGCCUUUCCUUCAACCCUCUGGCCUCCUUUCUGGGCAGGAACAAUGCCCAGAGCCAAGGUGACAGCACCCCUGCCUACCACAUUCGAAGUGUGCUAGGCACAGAGAACAAAGGUAGUCCCAGCUGGUCUCAGUGGCUACUGCCCACUUUGUUUUUCUGGUUGCUUAAUCUGUUGGUGGUCCUGGCGGCCUUCAUCCGCCUCUUCAUCUAUGGCGAACCCAUCACCAGGCCCCACUCGGGACCCUCGAUCUUAUUUUGGAGACACCGCAAGCAGGCUGAUUUGGAUCUGGCCCGGGGGGACUUUGCCCAGGCCUCCCAGAACCUGUGGCUGGCCCUCCGAGCCCUAGGCCGACCUCUCCCCACCUCCCAUUUGGACUUGGCCUGCAGUCUGCUCUGGAAUCUCAUCCGCCACUUUCUUCAGAGGCUCUGGGUGGGCCGCUGGCUGGCCGACCGGGCUGGGAGCCUCCUCCGGGACCGGGAGCUGCAGGCCGAUGUCAGAGCAAGCUCCCGGGAUGCUGCCCUUGUCUACCAUAAGCUUCACCAGCUGCACAUGACAGGGAAAUACACCAGCGGCCACCUUGCUGCCGUCAACCUGGCACUGAGUGCCCUCAACCUGGCCGAGUGCGCAGGCACUUCCAUCUCCGUGGCCACCUUAGCCGAGAUCUACGUGGCUGUUGCACUCCGGGUCAAGACGAGUUUUCCUCGGGCCUUCCAUUUCCUGAUGCGCUUCUUCCUGAGUAGUGCCCGUCAGAUGUGCCUAGCUCAGAGUGGCACCAUGCCCCCUGCCAUGCAGUGGCUCUGUCAUCCUGUGGGACAUCGCUUCUUUGUGGAUGGAGAUUGGGCAGUGAGGAGCACCCCUAGGGAGAGCCUCUACAGCUCCACCGGGAAUCCAGUGGACCCCCUGGCCCAGGUGACCCAGCUGUUUCGGGAACAUCUGUUGGAGAAAGCCCUGGGCUGUGUGGCCAAGCCUGAACAGACCCUGGCUUCAGCUGAUGGGGACAGAGAGUUCUCGGAUGCCCUUGGGUACCUUCAGCUGCUGAAUGGCUGCUCAGAUGCUGCUGGGGCCCCUGCCCUCAACUUCUCCAUCAGUUCAAGCGUGGCCACUACCCCUGGUACUGACCUUGUGGCCAAGUGGUGGGCGUCCCUCAUCACGGUGGUGAUUCACUGGCUCCAGCGGGAUGAUGAGGGGGCAGAGUCUCUCUACCCCAUGGUGGAAUACAUGCCCAAGGUCCUACAGGCUUCCGAGAAGCCCCUGCCUCGGGCCGCCCUGUACUCCUUCAAGGCAGCGAGGACGCUUCUGGGGAAGCAAAAGCAGGAGCUCGGCCAGGCCAGCCUGAGCCAGUGCGAGAAGGCUAGCAGCUACCUCCGGGACAGCCUGACAGCAGGGCCCUCUGCAGCCGCUUCUAUUGACAAGGCCAUCCAGCUCCUCCUGUGUGAUCUGCUCCUGGUGACCCGCACCAGCCUGUGGCAGCAGCAGGUGGGGGCCACUCAGCCCCCCGGCUGUGGGCACCAGGCCUCGGCUCUGGAACUUCGAGGCUUCCAGCAGGACCUCAGCAGUCUUCGGCGUCUGGCACAGUCUUUCCGGCCUGCCAUGAGAAGGGUGUUCUUGCAUGAAGCUACUGCUCGGCUGAUGGCUGGAGCCAGCCCCACUCGGACUCACCAACUCUUGGACCGAAGCCUGAGGAGAAGGGUGGCCCCAAGCAACAAAGGAUGUGAGUCAGGUGAGCUGGACACUCGGCCCACUCAGAGGGAACAUGCAGAGGCCCUGCUGCUCGCCUGCUGCUAUCUGCCCCCGACCUUCCUGUCAGCGCCGGGCCAGCGAGUGGGAAUGUUGGCCGAGGCCGCCCGGACCCUGGAGAAGCUGGGAGACAAGAGGAUGCUCCACGACUGCCAACAGAUGAUUAUCAGACUGGGCAGCGGCACCACUGUCACCUCGGGGUAGCCAGGCCCACCUUGGGCCUUUCCAGAACCCUGGCCACACGGCUCUGCCCCAGACCACCCAGUCAGUCCCCCUGAAACUUUAAAGCAUCUGAGACCAGUCCGGGGCCUCUCUGCCUGCCCAGGCCCGAGGAAGGGCCCUGUUGUCAUGGUGAUGUCCCCUCUGGUCACAGAGAUGCUACAGGAUAUGGAGAGAGGCAGGCAGGGCCAUCUCUUCCCUUCUCUUUCUCCAUCCCAGCCUGGGAACUUACCCACCUCCACUGGCCCAGGACCAAGAGGAGCCAGCAUGACUCCAGACCUUUCCUCACCCCCAAACCCAGAGAAGCCACAGAGUGUAAUGGGAAAAAAAAUCCCUGCAAUUAGCCAGUCCCAGCUCGAACCUGGAGCGCCUCUGACCCUCAGUUUUCUUAUCUGUAAAAUGAAGGAGCUGGACGGGUCCCCUUCUCCAACUCUAAAUCUAUGAUCCUUUCAAAGGUCCCAGACACAUCCCAAUGGGGCUGGGGGGGGGGGGGAAACAGAGUGUAUGAAUUUUGUUUGAGUGAUUUGCCCCUCCGUGGAAGCAGUCAUAGCACUAUCCUUCCCCUUCCCCACCUCCCUCCCAUCUAAUCACUGGGUAAUUGAAUCCCCGUGAUUUAUUGUGUUUAAUGGGCCAAAGCUAAUGAAAACUUUGCCUUCUCCUUGGUAAUGGGCCCUCAGAUGGCGGGUGAGGAGGGGGUGUGGGUGACGAGGGUCCCAGGGAGAGGCUGGGAAAAGCCAGGAUGUGGCCAUAGUUUUCCCCAAUCUGCCUCCCUCGUGCCAUCAUGGUAGACAGCAAGAGUGCAGGAUGAGAUGCUACUGACCUCUGCUGGUCCCUUGGGAGAUUGCAGGGGCCUCCCGGAGGGCCCGUCCUCAGUGCUCCAUUCAAACUGGUCCCAAAGCCUGGAAGCCCCCAGUUCAAGUCCCCCCUUUGACACACAGUGGCUCUGCUCUGGGUCAUUCUCCAAGAACUCUGGGGGGUUCCUAUCUCAAUGAAAUCACGGAUGCCACCCCAAAUGGCUGCUUAGUCUUCGUGGCACCAUCUAGUGUGUUCUGUACUACUCCCCUUUUGGAGUGGUCUGCUUUUGGGAGGAGGGGAAAGACCUUGUCCUGCAGUGGAAGCCCCUAACCUUGGGAGCCAAGGGAGGUUUGAGGGAAAGGCCUUUCAUGCCAGAAGAAGAGCUCCUGUGGUCCAGAGGCCUAUUUGCCCUCUCCAGUGCUCUCUGAGUGUCUUUUCACAUGCCAAAAUAAUGUGGGCCUGGGGGGCCCCCUUUCUUCCCUGCCCCCUGCCUUUUGCAGUUUCCCACCUUCUCCCCAUUCCUCAGGCUCUCUGCCACCAGAGUAGUUUCCUUCUAUUUCCCCCUGCCCUGGGGCUAGACCACCAGAGGCCUUCCCAUGCAAAGGUCUCUGGUCUCAGGCUACUGUGGCCUCCCCAGGGUCCUAUGAGAUGAGGAGGGAGCAGGUCUGGAGGGCCGUGUGGCUGACCCUGUACAUAUGUAUAUAUUGUCACUACAUCUCCUUGCCACUGCACUAGCCUCCCUAAAGUCUUGGGAGGCACCUGUACUACUUUUUUCCUUGGCAAACUUUUAUUUUCAUAGUGUGAGAAGAGUUUUGUACAGAAAAUUAAAAGGAGAAAUUAUUUAUAAUUUGGGUUCGAUUUUUGAAGAAAUAAGGCUGUGCCCUAUAGUGGACAGGCUCCGGGAGGCCAGGCAGAAGGUCCAUCACUCACUGUCUUCACCAGUUUCAGACUGACCCUUGGCUCUUCACUCUUGGGGCAGGGGCUGGACUAGGCAGGACUCAGGAGUCCCUUCCAGCCCUAUCCGUUUUGGACUGUAUUCCUGACUUUUGUCUGUUGGGGAUGAGUCAGGAGACUCCUGCAUCCAUCCACCCAUCCAUUCAUGCACAUACUUCAAAGAAACCUCCAGACUCCAAGCAAGGGGAUGCAGCCCAGGCAACCACGCAGGGCUUCUGCUCCCUCUGUAGGGGGAGGGUCUUUAACCUACCUUCAUAGGGCAGUCAGGAAUCCAACGCCAGACAGCACGAGGAGAACUGGGCGGGUGUCGGUGAAUGGGGAAACUGAGGCAUCAGCAAGGGUCUGGCUCACCCGAGUGUCUGCACUUCAAUGUCUCAUUUCCUAAUCCUGUGGAAUGCAUCCUCCUCCCAACCAGCUUGGAAAGCUAGCCCUUAGCUCCUAAAUUUUCCCAGGAUCCUCUUCUGGUGGGAUAGCAGGAGAGCUUCCCGGGGUGAAGUAAACCCCCAGAACCUUGGCCCAGGCGGGUGGUGGUGGUGGUGGUGGUGUCAGAAGGGCGUCGUGAGGGCCCUCUGCUGGAGGCCAGGGGCAAGUUUGCGGGCCUUGAUUGACCCAAGCUUGCUGGGCUUAUAGAGGAAACUUGCCGUCUUAGCACUGGGUCCCACACUAGGGUACUGAGGCUCUUCCCUUGGGCUGGGAUGGGUGGGCUUUAGGGGGACCUUCCAAUCCUGCCAGCAAUGCGGGGCCUCUCUGGGCCCUUUCCGAAUCCUAGAUCUCAGCUGGCUUCUACCCUCUUUGGGUGACGGGGUGGCCUCUGCCUCCGUGCCUCUGGUGAUGGGGCCAAAUGUAGCUACAAUCUUGGCCGGAAGGGCCUUGGGAUCUCGGGACAGUGAUCCCCUGGGCUACCCCCAGGAGCCUUCUAGAAAAGGGGAGGAAGAGCUUGGCUCCACAUUCCCAACUUAACCAGUAUUCCCCGUCCGGGCCUCUGUGGACUAGAGAUCGGCAUCGCCUCCCUUGCCCCUGCCCCCCCCCCUUCCUGCUGCCAUCUUGCUGCCAGGAAGAAGGGAGGAGAGAGGUUAGAGGCCACAACUCCAUGCCCGAAGACUUCCAAAACAAUUGUUGUAUCUUUAUUGACGGUUUUUUUUAAUGCAAUGACCUGUUUUUUUCUUUUUUUUACUCUUAAGGAAAAUAAACAUCUUUUAGAAACAGCUCGUUAACACACAAUCUUCAGUGUGAAGCAAUAUACUAAUAAGAA